CUUAGUGUAUUUAUAAAUGUAGGUAGUGUUUAUGUUGACGGUUGAACGACUUGUCUGAAAGUACUUGACAGAAGUGCAUUGUGAAACUCAGAGUAAAGAAGUGAAAGCGGGCACAUGCUUAAUUCUGUUUGGAAUUUGUGCCGCGCUUGCCCCAUAACUACAGACGAAAAGUUACCUACAGAGUACAAGAAUAAGUUUUCGUUUCUCCAAGACCAUCAACUCGCAUCCUAUGAGGUUCUUAGGAAACCUCCAGAAAGUGAUUCAACAAUGGAACCAGCUUUGCCUCGACGAAAGAAAUACCCUGAAGUAGCUUACAAGACCCAUGAAGUCUUGCCAUUUGAUUACAGCAAUGUUGAUGAGGCUCUUGAUGUGCUGAAUAGCAUAGGUGAAAAUGGAGGUGCCCUUUCUGAACAGGAUAUCUUGAGAGCUAGGUCAACAGAACGAAAGCACAAAACUUCAUCUAGGAGUCGAUCUGCUGGGCCAACCUAUGGACGAUUUAACCCACAUCCUCUGAUGAUUCAAAGUUAUCCCCCACCUCGUCCCCGGAUGAAUCCCAUCAUCAGGGAAGAGGAAAAAGGUGUCUUUACUGAGUAUCGGUCACAAUUUACUUGGCCUCGUGGACAAGCAGUUUCAAUGGUUCCAGUAGCCCGAAGGUUUGUCUCUACUGGCUUGACCCCUGCCCAGCCAUCAAAGAGAACAACACGAGAUAAGUCUGUAUCUAGAACCAGUUUGAAAUAUCAAGUCCCAUCAGUCAGGACAGAAUCAGAACAGCGAGACACAACUGUGAUCAGGAGAGGUUCCAAGAAAACAGAAUACAAAGCAAAGUAUCGACCAUUCUCAGCUUACCAGUACAUAGAUGGAAGUUGGAGAAAGUCUCCCAAACAAAAGGAAGGUGACAUUCGACAUUCUUCUGGUGAAACUGCUUGGUAUAAUGAAGUUACAGAGAGAUUGAAGAAAGCUGAUGAGUAUCGUCAGCGUUCAAAUGGUACCCCUUUAUAUGGAGACAAAACUUCUGCUGUAGACAGUCGGCGUGGGGACUUCUGGAGCCAAGAAAAACAAGAAGGAUUAACUCCAUUUCUAGCGUAUGGAGGUAGUCUUAGAGAGACACAUGUUGAAGGAAAGUGCUCAUUACGACCAGCUACAGCCCCACCUGUCCACCGUAAAGAAAAAAAGCCUUUAAAAGUAGACACAGUAUAUGCUCGUCGUCCAGCGAGUGCUGACUAUGGAAAAAUCACAAUUCCUACACCCCCUCAGGAGAGAAGAAAAUCUACACCCCCUCAAGAGAGAAGAAAACCUGUAGACACAAAGCAUGAAGCCAAACCAGUCAUAGGUGCUAUUUUACCUUCUGCUGGCCUGACAAUGCGACGACAGAAACGGCCCCCAUCUCAGGCAAAGUCAACUAAAGUUAGACCCGUGUCGAUGGAUUCAUCCACAGUUAGCUUGUCAGAGAAGGAGAAAAGGUCUCCUUACAGACAGCCUAAACCUAAAGUAUCCCAGCGCCCAUUGAGUCAAGAACAUGGAAAACCUGGUAGUCCUAGGGAACCCAAAAAAAAGUCCAUACGACCAGUGUCAGCAUCUUUUAGUCCCCGUUCUAGACUCAAACCUGUGUCAAAAACAGUAGAUGUUACUCCACCCUCUGAUACUCAACCUCGAACUUCAACAAGAACGUCUAAGUUGGGAAUGACUAAUGGUGAUGAAGGACAUAUAUGGUUGAAGUCAUCAGCUAAUGAUACUUCUAAGAAAGAAAAGGAAAAAUUAAAUGAGGUCAUAGCUAAGAAAGAUAUAGAGAAACAGGAUGGGGAAAAGAAACUAGAAUCAACUGAAUCUGCAAAUGGGGAACUAUUUGAUGGAAUUGAUGAGACAAUGGUUCCUUCACCACCUGUGCAAAAAAAUGAAUCUCAGAGAAGAAGAGAAGAUAAACUAAGAGGAUCUUUUACUCCAAAAAUGCCCUCUGCUGUUAAAGAUGUGGUUUUGCCAUCACUUAAUGGGAAGAGAGAGACUAUACAACCAAUAAGCGUAAUAGCUGUGAAUGGGGUGGCUAAUGGAAAAGAGACAUCAGACAGAGAAAAAGCCACAAGUCCGCCAAUUCUUGUAACUUCUCUUAGCUCAAUCCUUGAACCACCAAGUAGAACUAAGGCUGCAUUAGGGGGGAAACAGUCUGAGAUGAUGGUGACUCAGAAGUACCCUACAGGUCGAGCUGAAGCCAUGUUUGCAGAGAAACCUCCAGCUGUGUGUCCUGAGAUGAUGACUUUUCGACCAAGAGGUGUUAAAGGUCACAAAAAAACUCCUUCCAUGUCUGAGAUGAUUCCUCAUCACAAGAGUGUUUCAAGAACUGAAGAAGUAAUGCCCAGAAUGUCUCGGGGACCAGAUGAUAUUCCACCUGUGCAUAGUAUAUCUCCUUCUACUCGAAGAUCUUUAGCAUCCGAUGUUCUAGAUCGAGCCCGGAGCAGACUAGAUCAAUUCUGGAAAGGAAACAAAUGACGAAGAACCACUUUUCAUUCAGUUUAAUGAAACUAGUACUUUGUCUUUGAUAUAUGUUUCAUAUAUUGGGGUAGUGUUGUGGAGUGGCUUGAUUUUGUUUAUAGUUACAAUUUAACUGAAUAGUGGUUCGCUUUUGCUCAGGAUUAUUCAGAAAGUGAUGGUGAUUUUAUAUCUGUGUUAAUUUUGUCACAUUUUUAUACAAAUUGUCAUAACUGAAAGUGACAUCAGUCAUUCUUUUACUUAAUUUACAAAUGGUAAAUUAUUAAGUGUUUUGAACUUGUGGUUUUGUUGUGUUACAGAAAUGGGGAGGGGACAGUACCAGUUAUAACUAUUAUAUUUCAGUGGCUAAAUAUAUGCCAGACUUGAUGCAUUUCUGUUCAUGUUAUUAGAUGAUUUUUAAAAAAUCUUUUGAUGGCAAAUUUUCUUUUAGUAUUGUUAUUGUCUCACAGAAACUAGUCCAAAAACGUUUCACUUAAUGAUGUAACCCAGAGAAACCUCACAUAAAAAUAUUAAAGCCAGUAGAUAAAUUAUUUUAAAGCUGUUAUGACUUAGGAUUUUCUUCUCCAAAAUGAUGGCUGGUAUCUACAGAGGCAUUAAGUAAAAACUCCUUUUUUAUCAAGAGAAUGGAUUAGAAGAAAUUCCUGUAAAAGAUAUGUUGUAACCCAUAAAAGUAUUGAGUGAAAGCAAGAUGUGGUUGCAGUAUAAUAUGUGACAGCUAAUAGGACAGAUAGAUUUGGUCUUUCUGUAGACACCUUUGUGCGCAAUUGAGGACAUUUUCAUAUUUCCAUUUGUGAAGUACAUUCCAUUAACUAUGUUUUAUUAAGCACCUCAUUUGUAAAAUUAUUGUCAUUUGCCCCAUAGAGUUUGUUUUAUUACAGCCUGUACAAAAUGUCAGACAUUUAUGGCUUUUAACCUAAGCUAUUUAUUUUUUAAAGAUCUUAGGAUGUUUAGUAAGUUGUUUGAUGUUUGUUUGUUUAGUAAAUUUACAAUCUGUUUAAUAAAUGUGACCUUAAUAGGUGCCUUCAGUUUGAAUUGUUUAAGAAUUAUCAGAUAGUUUUGUGGGUUUUAAGUUUAAAACUAUUCUCAGGUCCUUAAAUCAAUUGUUUUAAUAUUAAAACUUUUGGAGUGGGUCUUCUGAUUGAAUAAUGGUAAAGCUCUGGUACUAAAAAAAAGUUUUGAGUUAAUUUUUUUCAAAACUGUCAAAAAAAGUGGUGAUAAAUGUGAUGUUACAUCACAACAAGAGAUAUUAAGUUUAAUCAUUUAUUUCUUUAUUGGACUAGCAGUAAGAGGAUAUAAUAGUAUUUCAACCACACACUUGCUGUUGUAUGAGAUUUGAAGAUUGCUUAUAAUCUCCACCCAUAAUGAAGAUAGUUGUUUUACACUGUUAUCACUAAUCUAAUCUUUUUCUUUUUUGUUAUCAGACUAUCCACUUUUUAUAAGAACAAGUGCUCAUUGCUCAUGUAUGUGUGUUUUUAUUGGUUAAUUCCAUAGUUCCCUUUCUUUUUAAGAGCAAUUGCUCAUUGGUAAUGUAUAUGUUUUUAUUGGAUAAUUUCUUAGUUGCCUUUCUGUUUUCAAGUGCAACUGUUAAUUGAUAAUGUAUGUGUUUAUAUUGGUUAAUUCCCUAGUUGCAGUUCUUUUUAUAAGAACUUGAAAUAUAUGCCAUAUACUUUGUAACCUAGUCAUUAAUAUGUAGUUUACAACAUGUGAUAGUAUAUGUUUCUUUCAAGGAAAUAUAGUAGUAUUUAAGAUAGAUUUAUGGAACAGGCUGUAUUUACCUGUGCCAUUAUUUACCAAGUAAUAUGUAAGGCUUGACUGAAGUAUAAUAUCAAUACUGACCAUACUUACCAAACUGAAAGUUAGUAUGGUCUGGAUGGUAUGCAUAACUAUAUUCUAAACCAUAUUUACCAAACUGAGCUUGUGUUACAAGACUAGUCUGGAGUUUAAUACAGUGUGUACAGAGUUGAUUUCUGAUCAUAUUUACCAAACUGAGCUUGUGUUACAAGACUAGUCUGGAGUUUAAUACAGUGUGUACACAGUUGAUUUCUGACCAUAUUUAUGAAACUGAGCUUGUAUUGCAAGGCUGGAGUUUAAUACAGUAUGUACAGAGUUGAUUUCUGACCAUAUUUACCAAACUGAGCUUGUGUUACAAGACUAGUCUGGAGUUUAAUACAUUAUGUACAUAGUUGAUUUCUGACUGUAUUUACCAAACUGAGCUUGUGUUACAAGACUAGUCUAGAGUUUAAUACAGUAUAUACAGAGUUGAUUUCUGACCGUAUUUACCAAACUGAGCUUGUGUUACAAGACUAGUCUAGAGUUUAAUACAGUAUCUACAGAGUUGAUUUCUGACCAUAUUUAUCUAACUGAACUUAUGUUACAAGACUAGUCUGGAGUUUAAUACAGUAUGUACAGAGUUGAUUUCUGACUAUAUUUAUCUAACUGAACUUAUGUUACAAGACUAGUCUAGAGUUUAAUACAGUAUGUACAGAGUUGAUUUCUGACCAUACUAACUGAGUUUGUGUUAUAAGACUGGUGUAGGUUUGAAUAUGGUAUGUAUAGUGUUAACUUAUGAUCAUAUUUACCAAGCUGAGUCGUUUAUAAAUAUGUGAGGAAGUUUAGACUUAUUUGAUAUCUCUCUUUUUUUUAAUCUGCAUUUUUUUUGGUUUUGUGAUAAUUUUGUAGCAGUAAUCUUGCCUUGCAUUCAAAGAAAACGAGGUUUUACAUCUGCGGCUUUAUUGUUUUCCUAUAAACAAGUCAUCUCGGAUCUCAAAGUCAAUCUAAUGAUUUGUUUUUUUCACAAUGAGGACAAGAGUAUUGAUAAUUUCAGGGGAAUAUGUGAGCAGGUAACUAUUAUCAUGGACAUUAAUAUUUGCGUUUAAUCUCAGCUGUGAUUUUUGAAGUAAUAUUUUAACUGUAAAUACAGAUAUUUUUAAAGUUUGUUAAGUUGUUAUUGACACUAUUAGCUUGAUAACCCAAAAGCAGAACAUUAAUGAGGAAAUCUUGCUACAAUUGAGGUGUUAAUUGAACUUUUUUGUUUUGAAAAUAUUGUAUUAUUUGCUCAUGUUCAGUAAAACAAUUACUGAUGGGAUUGGAAAAUUGUUUAGAUACUGUAAGUUAAAAUAUAAACUGAAUUUUAAUAAAAAUCAUUCAUCAAAAAUCUUCAAAUAAUAAUAUGAAUCUCAAAAUUUUGUGAUUAUUUUAUAGUUUCGGUACCCAAGACUGUGAUUUAAAUGCUCUUUUUGAGAUAAUCUUAUACUUGGAUUACAUUUAUUUUUUCUAUAGAAGAUUGUUGUUAGCAUUACUUUGUUAUUUGAUACUUAGAUAACAGCUAUUUACAUAUGUAAGAACCUUAAUAACAAGAUUUUAUUUGAAUGUUAAGUAAGGUACUUUUUUGUUGUACACUAAGGAUUUAAAUUCCCUGGGACAUUUUCACAUAUGCCAACCAUUCCUGUUUUGGUGGGAUUAUUCUGAUUUUUAACUCCAGAUUACACCAUUAAUAUCGUACUUCUUUAAAUUCCAUUUUUGUUUUGGAGGAAGGUUUAUCACAAUCUGCUAAAUUUGUUAUGGAGGGUGAAAUGGUAAUACUUUAGAGUUUGUAGCCAUACUCAAAUCAGACCAAAAUGAUUUCAUAAAACUGAAUAAAAUAUUGUGCCAAUGACAAGUCAUAUUGAUUGCUAGCCUAUUCACAUGUUGGGACAGGCAUAUUAGUUUCAUUUGAAAGGUGUCAAAACAAAAGCCAUCUGGCCAAGAAUGUGUAUCUGAGAAAGCAAGGGGGAAAUAGUUCCAUAUCAGGAUGCCACCCUUACAAGAAAGAAAUAUGAAAUGUUGAAAAUAAUAUGUAAACUUGCACAUUAAAACUAAGGUUUUAACACUGGAUGAAAACAUUUUCCAUUUGUGCUGAUUAUGAACAAAGAAAGAAAAGGGAACAGAAAAACAAGAUAGUUAUGGAUAUCUCAUCUGUAGAAACAAUGAGACAAGUAGGACAAAUUUGUGUACGUUACGUAAACCAUACAUAAAGCUACAGUAUGAACACCAGUAGGAUUAAGCCUGUGAUAGAGACUCGGUAAUGAUAUUUUUCAGCUGUUACAGAUAUCCUGAAUCUAGACUUACUGAAUGGUUAUUCAUAACAUGCAUUGUUUUUAUGCUGUGUGUCUAGGUUUUAUUGUGGAUGUACACUUUUCUGCUAGAUUUUACUGAACGUAUUAUUCUUUAUAUCUAGGUGUUACUGAACGUUUUACACUAAAUGGGUGUUACUGAAGGUUUUAUACUUUUGUUUCUUCAUUUUAAUAAAGAUUUUUACAUUUUGUUUUAUGUUUUACUAAAGGUUUACAUACUUUGUUUUUAGUGAAGGU